AGUACCUGGCACGUGGCAGGGCUGGGCGCCCAGCCGCCGGCGGGAACGGGAUGAUGAACCUGACCUUGGGGCCCCGCUCCCUGAGGCCCCACCGGGCCUCGCCCCCCGCGGGCCCGCAGGUGGUAUCUCCCGUUGUGGAGCUUAACGUGGGAGGCGUGUUGUAUACCACCACCGUGAGCACCCUGAGAAAAGUCCCGGGUUCAAAGCUGGCAGAGAUGUUCUCCAGCUCCGCAAAGGCCUGCCUGGAUGCAGAAGGCCGCUUCUUCAUCGAUCGCCCCGGCGCCUAUUUCGGACCCAUCCUGGACUACUUGCGCAGCGAGCAGCUGCCCACGCAGCACAUCCCGGAGGUGUACCGCGAGGCACAGUUUUACGAAAUCAAGCCUUUGGUCAAGCUCUUGGAGGACACCCCGCAGAUCUUCGGUGAGCAGGUGGCUCGAAAGCAGUUCCUGCUGCGGGUGCCCGCCUACAGUGAGAACCUGGAGCUCAUGGUGCGCUUGGCGCGCGCCGAGGCCGUGGCGUCGCGCAGCUCCGCGGUGCUGGUGUGCGUGGUGCGCACAGAAGAGGAGGCAGCCCAGUGCGCAGAUGCCCUGCGCAGCUUCGAGUACGAGAAGAAGUCGGUUGUCAAGUUCGGGCCUUGGAAGGCGGCCCCGCAGGUCAAGGACCUCCUGGACUGCGUCAAGAUGGACAUUGCAGCCCAGGGGUACCAGGUGCACUAUGAACACUACUCUGACAAAACAUUACGGGCCAAGUAUUUAAAUUACUUUUAUACAUUCCUCUUCAUCUGGUGGUGAUCUCCAGGGGGCAGGGGCAGUGUGUUAUGGGUUCUGGUGGAACAUAUGAAAUUAAAAGUUGCCUUCAAAAACCAUCUUCUGGGGAGCCUCAGUGGCUCAGUUGGUUAAGCAUCGGACUUCAACUCAGGUCAUGAUCUCACAGUGACUGAGUUUGAGCCCU